GUUACUAGUUUUUAAUCUGUAGUUUAUUCAAGUAGACUGAAAGUUGGAUAAUUUCUAUGAUGUUUGCAUAUUUAUGAUAUAAAGGGAAUUAAACAAAACGUAAAAUGUUGAUAAAUAUUAUUAAUAAUUAGGUACAUCAAAUAUUCAUAAUGUCUGAGGAAGAUAACAAAACUCUGUGGUGUGGUAAUCUGUCAGAGCAAGUUAAUGAAGAAAUACUUUACGAACUCUUUUUGCAGGCGGGACCACUAGAAAAGGUGCGCAUUGCAAGAGACAGAGAUGGUCGACAAAAGAACUUUGCAUUCAUAACGUUUAAUCACGAAGUGUCUGUACCAUACGCGAUAAACUUGUUCCGUGGUACUGCACUGUUUAAUAGAACUCUGCUCCUGCAAACUAGAGGUCGGAUGGUACAAUUGCCACCGCCAAUUCGAUGUUACGGUAUCGAAAUGCCAAUGGAACUACAAGGUCCUGAUGUGCAACAAUUCUCUGAAAUGACAGAGAAGCUUAUGGAUGACAGUCAGAAGCCUAUUCGACAACCGCUGCAGCGGCAUGACUCUAAUGACAAACUGGUUAUGGCUAGCCUACAAGGUAAUUGGUUGAACAGGCAUCAUCCAUACAGACCAAAAGAGAAGCAUGCGCGUGACGAUUAUAGGCAUAGAGACAAUCGUAACAAACACCAGAGUAGCUGGAGGGAUAGGAGAAAUCAUAGGAACUACAGAAGAGAUUAAAAUUUAUAUAAGAAUGGUUAGUGUUCAUUUUCACAUCUCCAAAGAGAUUGAACUAUGGAAUUCAUGAAAAAAUGUCAGUGUGCAUUAAGUGGACAUAGUUAUGACAUAUAUUUUUAAUGCACAUUUGAUGAGUUCUAUAAGGGUACUUUGAAGUACUAUAAUUAUGCAUUUUACAUCAUUGCAUUACUAAAAGAGAGAUUUUAUAGAUAUGUUUAAUAAAUUUUAUUACACAUUUAAAUAUGUAUCAACAUG